UCUCCCUUAUCCUGUUUGCCUGUCUUUUAACAGUAAAAGUUUAUGAAAGAUUCAGGUUCAGAAUAGGUAGUUACCAGAAACAAACCCGGACCAGCUAAACCCCUAUCCCCCAUUUUGAUCAUCCCCAACCACCCUUCAACUUUUAGACACAAAACUCAAGAAUCUGACACUUUCUGACACAAAACCCAAUUCAUCAAACUUCAGAAAAACUAUUUACAUCACUUAAUUACGAAUUCUAUGUUUCUGACAAACCCCACUUUCUCUCUCUAAAGGAUAAAGAAUUAUCCAUUUUCAGCUUUAAAAUUAUGGCGACUGAGCCACCAAAUAUGAUAUCUUCAGACCCCACAAGGGUCCCACUCCUCAGCCGGCGAGAGGACACCGGCGGCGGGGGCCGUCAGUCAUCACUGGCUGUACUUCUUGGUCGGCUUACCGGCGGAAGGCAGGGCGGCGCGUCCAUGCUAGUGAGGGAGACGGCGGCGCGUGAGCUGGACGAGCGGCGCGCCGACUGGGGUUAUUCGAAGCCAGUGGUGGCACUGGACAUGAUGUGGAACUUGGGUUUUGUUAUUGUCUCUGUUGUGAUUUUGUCCUGCACGUUUGAUGAGUCGCCUAAUGUUCCAAUUAGGAUUUGGGUUUGUGGGUAUGCUUUGCAGUGCGUGGUGCAUGUGGUGCUGGUUUGGUUGGAAUAUAGAAGGAGAAAUUCUCAAGGAGAAACUGAUAAUGAGGAGAAUGGUGAAGAGGGAAAUGACGUUUUGGGUAUUGGUAAUCAAUCAAG